CGGCAAUUUGUCUUCAUUUCAAUGUUGCUAGACCGUUGAAUUACCUAAACCAUAGAAGCACUUAGUUACCUACAUGUAGGCAAACUGUUUGUACGUUGUCCAGCUCAGCUGUACAUAGUAGUGCAAGCAAUCGUGAGCAAACUAUUUAACCUAGGUAUAUAUAUAUAUAUCUACGCGAUUGGAAAGCUUUUACUUGGAAAUAUCCCAGGUUAGCUAGCUAGCACAUUGAGAAAAAAUCGAAAAAUCCCCGCGAUGGCGACACGACGACUUGCGAUAAACGGCGCUACUACCGCUCUGCGCGGGGGAAGCUCCCGACUGACGGGUUCGGGCUCGGCUACUAUUCCUACAGCCGCGCGUAUACUGCGAGCUUCGUUCGGCACGACUUCUCUAGGACCGCAGCAGGCUGCGAAAGGGGCGGCGAGAGGGUUUGCGCGACCACAGUUGUUUCGGCGCAUCGCCCCUACAAGCGUUCGGUGGUCCUCGGAUUCGGCAACCGGGAGCGGGAGUAAGAUAUGGAAUUUUGAAGAGAUCAACGCCGCCUUAUCCACCCCAACAUCCACCCCCAAAGUCACCAUAAUCGACACCCGCGAGCCCUCGGAGCUAUCCACGACCGGCCGCAUCCCCGGCGCCCUGAACGUCCCGAUCGCCAGCGCGCCGGACAGUUUCCACAUCCCGGCCGACGAGUUCGCCGACCGAUUCGGGUUCGAGCGGCCGCCGCCCGAUAGCGACGGGGAGGUGGUGGUGUUUUACUGCAAGGCCGGCGUGCGCAGUCGAGCCGCCGCGCAGAUCGCGCGCGAGGCGGGCUGGAAGAAUGUGGGCGAGUACCCUGGGAGCUGGCUGGAUUGGGUGCAGAAGGGGGGGAAGAUUGAGCGGUAGGUGGAGUCAGGUGAGGUGAGGUAAGGUCGACAUAAGGACCUAUGAGGAUUGUAGACAUGAGGGAUUUGAAUAGAUAUGAUGACAACUGAAAGGCUAGUUAUCUGAUACUCUACCUUUCCAAUCUCGGCAUGUACAAAUAAAGCAAGCAAGAGAGAACUCAAGACCUAUCUAGAGCUCUGAAUCUAGACGAGAGAUAGAAGGAAAAUAACAAGUCAA